AUGACAGCUCAGUCUCUACGAGAAAUCACCGAGCACAAUGUACGGACUUUCAAACGGAAUUAUGUAUCCGAAAUCUCCGGCUCUUUAGGCGACCUGGGAACCUUUUUGCCUCUCGCGAUCGCCCUCGCUGUAAAUGGCACUGUCUCGCUAGCGAGCACUCUCAUCUUCUCCGGUGCUUAUAAUAUUCUCACUGGUCUAUUCUUUGGCAUACCUCUUCCUGUUCAACCGAUGAAGGCGAUCGCUGCUGUGGCCAUUGCUCGGAACUUUUCUAAUGGCUCGAUAGCUGCUGCGGGAAUCUUUGUUGGCGCCUGCAUCCUUGUUUUCAGUGUCACGGGGCUUUUGCGCUGGUUUGCGAACGUCAUACCCAUUCCUGUUAUUAAAGGUAUUCAGGUUGGUGCGGGAUUGUCAUUGGUAAUCACGGCCUGUAGUGGUACGCUGGCUGGUCUGGGUUGGGUUACUCCAUCAUGGGCGGAUAAUAGGAUCUGGGCAGUUGUGGCUUUCGUCGCUCUCACAAUUACCAAUAUUUAUCGUCGGGUUCCGUAUGCCUUGGCGAUUUUUGUGGUUGGUCUCUUGUUUGCCAUUAUUCGAACCGCGUUAGCUGGCCAUUUGCCUGCAUUCGAGACUUGGCACCCUUUCGUCGUACUGCCGACACUUCAUCAAUGGCGGAUCGGAGCCAUCGACGCUGGUAUUGGCCAAAUCCCUCUCACCACCCUCAAUUCUAUUGUUGCUGUCGUUCAUCUCUCACACGAUCUAUUGCCAAAUGUGAAGACCCCAUCGAUUACACAUAUCGGCCUCAGUGUUGCUGGUAUGAACUUAUUGGGCUGCUGGUUUGGUGCAAUGCCGGUUUGUCAUGGAUCAGGUGGUCUAGCAGCUCAGUAUAGAUUCGGUGCACGGUCUGGAGCUAGUGUUAUCUUUCUCGGCGUGCUGAAGCUCAUUAUUGGGUUCCUUUUUGGGGAGACGUUAGUCGAUCUGCUGCAACGUUUCCCUGCUGCGUUCCUCGGUAUCAUGGUUAUUGCAGCGGGUCUUGAGCUUUUAAGUGUUGGCGAGAGCCUUAAUACCUCUGGAGCUCGUGACGUGGGUCAAUCUGGAGGUGGUUUAUUGGCAAAUACAGAGCAGCACCUUGGCCCUGUGCUCACUGAUGAAGAGCGCAAAAGACGAUGGACGGUCAUGAUGGUUACUGUUGGCUUGCUGGUAGGAUUCAAGAAUGAUGCCAUUGGCUUUAUUGCCGGUAUACUUUGUCAUUGUGCGUAUGAGCUUCCGGUAUGGUGGGAGAAAGCCCGAGCCCGCUGGUCGGAGGGCCGUCUUCGCCUUCGGUAG